GCAUUUUUACUAUGCAACUUAAGCUGACAUUUUUGGAUAUAGGAGCUCUUUUUUGGGUAUAGCUUUCAAUAAGCAAGAUUGGCAGUCGUGUGCUGCAGAAAAUCUUGGCGAUGACUUCAAUGGCGGCGACAUGUCGUUUUACAGUUAAAGGCUUCGAGUCGAGGUCUCUCUGCCCUCGUUCCUCCUCUCUUCAACCCCAGUUUCACUCUCUCUCUACCUAUCGUAGGAGCUGCAGCACCGACUCUUUGCGCACCUCCAAAAAUGCCGGGCUCCUCCGCAUUCGGGCCAUGUGCUCCGAUUCGUCAGGCCCCGGGCCUCAAUUGGAAGACACUAUCAAGAACACCAUUGCUCAAAACCCAGUCGUAGUUUACUCCAAAACUUGGUGCUCGUACUCGUCGCAGGUGAAAUCAUUGUUCAAGAGAGUUGGCGCGGAACCAUUUGUUAUUGAAUUGGACCGAUUAGGUGCUCAAGGAUCACAGCUGCAGAAGACUCUAGAAAAACUCACUGGACAACAUACAGUUCCUAAUGUGUUCAUAGGAGGCAAGCAUAUUGGCGGUUGUUCAGAUACGAUGAAGUUAUAUGAGGAAGGAGAGCUGGAGUCUUUGCUAUCAGAAGCUGGUGCAACAAAAUGAAGGCUUGGACUCUACCACUCAAUAUGGCAUGGCUUCUCCCUACAUCCUUUUCUUUCUAUUAAAUGUUAAUCUCACUUUCGGUAAGAGUACUGCACAUUUCUUCUGACAGGAUUGAUAUAUCUGAUUUACUUAUAAGAGUAUCUCGUCCAUUUAGAGAGAGAGACGAGUUUCAUUUCUUGUCUUUGUCAAGUGCGUUGUAAAAAAAAGGGGGGACAAGAUCAGUUUUUGUCCUCAAUUUUGACGUUUUUUAAAAAAAUAUCUUUGAACGUGUUCUUAUUUUGAGACAA